CCUCCUUCGGGUGCAGACAGAUAACAGCACCAACAGUUGAGCUGAGUGCCAGCUCCUCACCACCGCAACCUGAUGGACACCAAAACACUCUAACGGUCUCCUCAACAGCUCAGAAAGAGGCUCUGUUCGCUGUGUUUCGGGAGUCGUUGAACUGAAGUUAGCGCUGGGAGUCACUAGAAGUUUAGGAGCUAGUAUGUAAAGAAGUUGUUGUGAUACACCGUCGAUAAAGAGGAAGGCUGUAGGGACACACUAGAGAGACGCAGCUGUCCCUUAAUUUAGUUUCAGCGCGCAGCAGCGGUGAUCAGCAUCAUGAGCGUCCCGCUUUACGCACCGACCCCCAUUCAGCCGGCGCACCCGACUCCCUUCUACAUCGAGGACAUUCUGGGGAGGACUGCCACCACCACCUCCACAUCCCCCUCCUCUUCUUCAUCGCCCACUUCUUCAUCUUCUUGCUCUACUCCGGUCAUCCCCACGCCGACUCUCCCGUCGCCCAACUCCUCCUUUACAAGUUUGAUUUCGCCGUACCGAACCCCGAUUUACGAACCCACGCCGAUCCACCCAGCGUUGUCGCACCACGCUGCAUUGACUGCAACGUACGCCUCUGCCGGGGCUUUCACUGGCUCCCUUUACCCGUUUCACCACCAGCACCACCGCUCCAUGGGGGAGUACGCACAGGCGCUGCUGAGGCACGACCCUCUCGGGAAGCCUCUGCUGUGGACGCCGUUCAUCCAGCGGCCCUUACAUAAAAGAAAAGGCGGCCAGGUGCGCUUCUCCAACGACCAGACCAUCGAGCUGGAAAAGAAGUUCGAGACGCAGAAAUACCUCUCACCUCCGGAGAGGAAGCGCCUGGCCAAGAUGCUGCAGCUCAGCGAGAGGCAGGUUAAAACCUGGUUCCAAAAUCGACGUGCUAAGUGGCGCAGACUAAAGCAGGAUAAUCCUAAGAGGGAGAUGGAGGAUAACAGCUCCAGGGGUAAGAAAGGAGAUGAGAUGAUGGAGGCGGCCGGAAUGCAGAGCCCGGAGCAGAGGCAGACAGGCUCAGCCCCCGAGUUGGCGCAGGCGGGGCACGGUGUGCGCGCCGUGUCCUCUCAGCAGGCCCACACAGAGCUGGACUCUGACAUAUCAGACGACACAGACCAGGAACUGGACAUAGAGGAUGACGAGGACUUCACACUAAAUCCCCAGUUCUGAAACACAGACACUGAACCCGCUCAGAGCUGAAUGAUAAAGACCUCGGGAUGCCUUCUGGUCAGGUCGCUGUACUCCCCCCCCAACCCACCCUAAUGGCUUGCAGUUUGAUAGACUAGUUUUUGAUGUAAUCCUAAGUCAGGUCAUCCAUA